UAGGCUGAGAAAUUAAGCCAUCUUUCUUUUUGGCGUGGCAUCGGUCGGCAGCGGACGUGGAGUCAGGAGUGAAUUUGUUAUUGAUUUUUUUUUGAGUAUAUAAGGUUAAGCUUACGCUAAAAAGUGGUUAUUUUGUAAUUUGUUUAAUACAUUUUAAUACAUCGCGGUUAUAAUGAGGCCGCAACAGAAUGGUGACGACGGUUUUGAUGAGCCAGAGGUCCACCGCAAAAUCUUUAUUGGUGGUCUUAAUUAUCGCACUUCGGACGAGUCUUUGAAAGCGCAUUUUGAAAAAUGGGGUGAAAUUGUGGACGUGGUUGUAAUGAAAGACCCCAAAACAAAGAGAUCUCGUGGAUUUGGUUUUAUCACGUACUCUAAAGCGCACAUGGUAGAUGAUGCGCAAAACAACCGCCCCCACCGGAUCGAUGGACGUAUUGUUGAAACCAAGCGAGCUGUGGCUAGACAAGAUAUUAAAAACCCAGAAGCUGGAGCUACAGUAAAGAAACUGUUUAUUGGUGGUAUCAAGGAUGACCAUGAUGAAGAUCAACUAAGAGAGUACUUCUCCAACUAUGGCAAUGUACAAAAUGUUAGCAUAGUAACAGACAAAGGAACUGGAAAGAAAAGGGGAUUCGGUUUUGUAGAAUUCGAUGAUUAUGAUCCUGUUGACAAGAUUUGUUUGAAUGCACCCCACAAAAUCAAUGGAAAACAAUUGGAUGUAAAGAAAGCCUUGCCUAAGGAUGGUUCUGAACAAAGAGGAGGCAGACAGGGUGCUGGUAGAAAUGACAGUUGGGGCAAUGGUGGAGGAGGCUAUGGAAAUAAUCAGGGUGGAUGGAACAAUUCAAAUCCAUGGGAUAAUAAUCAAGGGGGUUGGGGAGGAAGCCAAGGAGGCGGUGGUUAUGGGGGUGGAGGCAACCAAAGAGGAGGUUGGGGUGGUGGCAACCAAGACUUUGGUAGCUACAACCAACAGGGCUAUAGUGGAGGCCCAACUCGUAACCAACAACAGUACAGCAACAAUCGUUCCACACCAUAUAAUGUGAACCAGAGCGGAGGUGGUGGUGGCGGUGGUGGUUACGGCGGCGGUGGCAACUAUGGGGGAGGCCAGGGCAGAGGAGGAAGAUUCUAAAUUCCGUUUCGUGCUAAGUCCACUAGUAGUGCAGAGUAUAUCGUGCUAGUGUAGGCUACGCUCCGGAGCACUAGUUACUCUACUCUGGUCUACACGCGAGACCACCUAGGAGAAGCCGUCAGGAAACCCAUAGAUUUAGUUGGACCUUCUAUACUUAUCUGUUAGAAAAUAUAGAAUAUUUUGAAUAUGUACUGAUAUGUAAGUUCUUCUAUUUAUUGUAGUACUUAGGUACUUAUCGUGACAUACUUAUAAGGAUUUAGCAUAGUUUUGUGAAGUUAAUAAAAUAGAUACUUUUUUACGGAUACAUAAGUACAAUUUAGGUUAUCUUAUAAGAAAAUCCUUGAAUUAGAAGCUAGGAAACACAGUUUAAGGUGACAUUGAUUAUAAAUGGAUCAUGACUUUUUCAUUUGCUAUCUUUUACUCAGUAUUAAGUUCUCAAAUAGCUGUUAAUAAUAGGUUUAGUGAACUUAGGUUAAAAUUUAUGUAAUAAAAAUUUUAAACAGCAGUAGGGUUGUUUAUUUAGCACUGAUAUGUAAAUAUUUCCUUUUUUGUCAGAUUAUAGUAAUAUAGCAUAAAUAAUAUUUCUUAAAUAUCAUAUGUUAUUUGUAUUCGAUUGAAAUGAAUAAAAAUAGAUAUUAGAACUUUUGUCUUUAGGGAUUAUUAAAAUUCAAUCAAUUUUGAUAGUUCUUAUCACUUUAUUCCUUACCCAAUUAUCAUUCCACGGCCGAGCAUAGUUACUGCACACUAGUAAUUUACCAACUGCUUGUAAGUAAGUACAUUACUAGAUUUUUUUUUAAAUAAAAUAUUUUAUUUCUUGGA